AUGGGAGCUCACUGUGGGGCUGGACCCCCAGUGCUAACCCUCCUGGUCCUCUCUGUAGCCUUGUCCAUCAGCGUCACAACUGGAUCAGAUCCGUCUCAGUCGUACCCAACAUUCACUCACCCAAACACUGUGUUCGAGCAUUUUGCUCUGCACCCGGACCCUCAUGUCGGGCGGGUGUAUGUGGGGGCCCGGAACCAUCUUUUCCAACUUAACAAAAACUUCCAAAUAGAUGUCCAAGCCGACACCGGCCCAGUGACUGACAGCCAAGAGUGCCUGCCUCCUGUGACAGAGAUCACUUGUCCUCAGGCCAGGAGCACGAAUAACCACAACAAGCUGCUGCUCGUUGACCCGUACUCUGAGAACCUCAUCACCUGUGGGAGUGUCAAUCAGGGAAUAUGUCAGAAACGUAGCCUGGAUUCAGUGGAUCAAAUCUUUUUCUCCACCGAACGGCCAGUAGAUACUCAGUACGUGGCCGCCAACCAUCCCAAUGUCAGCACUGUAGGAGUCGUUGUCCGGGCUUACCCUGAGCGCCAGCCUGUUUUGUUUGUGGGACGGGGUUACACCAGCAGCCACCCUCCCAUUUCCACCCGAAACCUUGCUCAAGGAUCUAUUUUUUCUUAUGAAGACACAGCUAAACUGGCUGUGGCUGGACGCCUGUCGGAGUACGAUCACCAUUUUGUGGCUACUUUUGCGCACCAACAUCAUGUAUACUUUUUGUUCUACAGGCGAGAUUUGAAGUCUCAGUCCAGAGAAUAUCGGACAUAUGUGUCUCGAGUUUGCCUGGAUGACCAGUCGUAUUACUCCUAUGUAGAAGUGCCUUUAACGUGUCGCUCCAGAGCAGGAAAGGUGUACAGCCUGUUGCAGGCGGUGCAGCUGGGCCGCUCAGGGGUGGGCGGUCUGGACGUUCUGCUGGGGGUCUUCUCUACUCAGUCCACUUCAUCACCUCGGCCAAGCGAGGACUCUGCCCUUUGUAUGUUUAACCUACACGAUAUAGAUGUGAGGAUCAACUCCACCAGAGACCUGUGCUACACUCAGAUGGGCCGAGAAGCAGGAGUGGAGGCGGCUUACAUAGAGUAUGAAGUCAAAUCCAUCUGUGCCAACCUACCCACGAACACCCUGGAGGCGUACCCAUGUGGUUCGGACCACACCCCAAGUCCCAUGGCCAGUAAGAUCCCUGUGGAGGCGGAGACCAUCCUGGACAGCCCCUCAGCCAGACUCACUGCUGUGGCCGUCAGUGUGAGGGCAGGACAUGUCAUCACCUUCCUGGGAGACUCCAAAGGAAAUCUGCAUAAGGUGUUUUUGGGUCCAAAUGGUGAAGUGGAGGAAUACUCAGUCAUCUCCAUCCAACAGAACACGGCCAUCAGCGCAGACCUCAUUCUGGACCAGGCCGAGCAGCACCUCUUCAUCAUGACCCAGGACAUGCUGCAGAAGAGGCCGGUGGCAGAGUGCUGGAGGCAUGAGGACUGUCACUCCUGUGUGCUGGCCCAUGACCCGUACUGCGGCUGGUGCAUCCUGCAGGGAAGGUGCAUGUUGCAAUCGGAGUGCGCUCGUGGACAGAAGCCUGGACAGUGGCUUUGGAGUUUUGACAUGGAGCAGCAAUGUCUGUCCAUUCAAGAGCUCAGCCCGGCUAAUGUCAGCAAGGACGAGAGUCACACAAUAUCCCUCUUUGUGCCUGGUCUCCCAGUGUUGGAGCAUGGAGAGUCCUACACCUGUUUUUUCCAGAACAGUGAAAGUCCUGCUGCUGUCAGCUCCACAGGCGUCUCCUGUCGCUCCCCACACCCCAGCAGAGUGCCUGCGGUGGCUCCAGGACAAGAUUUUGUCAAAGUGGUGUUGUCGCUGCGUUUUGGGAAUGUGACUGUGACAGAGAGGGACUUUUCAAUCUUCGACUGUGAAGCAGUGAAGCAGCUCUCCGGGAGCAUGCCCUGUCGGGGGUGUGUCCUGAGCCGCUGGGGCUGUAACUGGUGCGUCCAUCAGCACAUGUGCACUCACAAACCUGCCUGCGAAGACGGAGUCAUCAUUUACAAUCAGCAUUUCAAACUCCCCACAUCUCCUCCUCCCACUUCCAAAGCCCUGGAGAUCAUCACCACAGACGUGACGCCCACAACCGCCACAACUAAAAAGGCGAUUUCAGAACAGACAUUAGUUACUAUCCACGAUGUUACUGCACCACCCACGCUCGACUCAAAUGGUGUUUUUCUACCCACGGCCUUCUUUGUUGCCGAAACUACAGAGGAUGUGGCGCCUUUAGAGUUCCAAACGAGCGUCCUUCCUCCUCCUCCUCCUCCUCUUCCAACUGAAAUCCCUGAAGUGCCGGAGACGCCAAAAGAACAGGAUGAACCAGGCGACCAAAUAAAGCAGCUUGAAAAUGACAAUGCAACAUUUUCUGCUGGGACAGUCUUGUCAGGAGACGGUGAGAUGGAGAAUACCCCACCACCACCCUCCCCUCUGCUCCAGGACUCGGUCUCUGAGCCGGACUAUCAGUAUGAUCCAGACGAGGGCUAUCUCCCUGGAGACGAGGGGUCUUACGUGAGCUGGGGGGCUUCUGCAUGUCCUUGUGUGGAGAAGAUCCAGGGCUCCUCCCUGCUGCCUGUCAGAGUCAAGCGGAAGAUCACACUUCUGGCCCACAACCUGCACCUGUAUCAGGACUCUGAGCUGGACUACCAGUGUGUGUUGGUGAUCGAGGGUCAGACUGUGGUGGUAGACGCCUAUGUGGAGAUGGACGACAUCAACCCAUCAAACUUUGACAUCACCUGCCAGCUGCACGAGUACGAAUACUCAGCCCAGUUGGAGGAGUAUAAUGCCAUGGUUUAUGUGAAAAGGCGGGACACGUUUCAUGUGGACAGCACUGCAGAUAUAUACGUGACGCUGUACAAUUGCUCGGUGGGGCGCUUGGACUGCAGCCGCUGCCACACUGCGGAUCAGAAGUACGGCUGUGUGUGGUGUGGGGGCGCUCAGGCCAGCUGUGUGUACUCUGACACCUGCAGCCAACAUGGAGUGAAGACGUGUCCCGCACCGGUCAUUCACUCAAUUGAACCACUGUCUGGACUGUUGGAGGGAGGAACCAUGGUCACCAUAACUGGCUCUAAUCUGGGACAGAAGCCAGAAGACAUUCUCCACUCCGUGUUGGUGGCUGGGGUUCCCUGCACUGUCAUCCCGAGUCUCUAUGAGGUCUCUUCCAGGAUUGUAUGUAAAACCAGGGCCAGUGGAGGAGAAACUACAGGCCAUGUGUCUGUGACUGUGAGCGGAGGGGAGUUUGGCCGCUCCAUCCAAAUCUUCAGUUAUCAGGACCCAUUUGUUAUGGGUGUAUCACCUGUAAGAGGCCCUAAGGCUGGUGGAACUAUUCUAAACAUUACUGGACUAAACUUGCUCACAGGGCGUCCUGCAGAUCUCACCAUCACAAUAGGAAAAGUGCUCUGUGACAUAGUGUCAGAGGUGCACAUGUCCAGUCUUCUGUGUGAGACAGGCCCCAGUAAAGAGAUUGGAGAACAUCGGCUCUCUCUGCAUUAUGGCCACAGUCUGCGCCACCUUCACUCCACAAACUACCUCUACACCCCCAAUCCCAACAUUACCCACUCCUCACCAGCAAACAGCUUCAUGGGUGGCGGGCGGCUGAUCUAUGUGUAUGGCUACAACCUUGAUGUGGUUCAGUGGCCGCGCAUGGUGGUCACCAUCUCUCUGUUGGAGCCUCCUAUUCUCUCGACUAAAGCUAAGAGCAGAAGGAGGAGAAGUGGGCGGAAAGGCACGAGUGAGCCUGACUUCAAACAGUUUGUGGGUCCCUGUGAGGUAAACUCCUCCUCUCUCAUCCUGUGCCAUUCUCCUGUGGUAGACUCCCCUGUGCAGGGGGCAGAGGUCAGAGUGGAGUUUCACUUGGAUAACCUCAGUUUUGACUUUAGCACUUUGAACAACCAGCCGUUUAGGUAUGAACCCAAUCCCAUUCUGCAGCCCCUUAACCAGCAAGACCGACUGAAGGUCUACCGCUACAAUCCUGGCAGCUUUAUUCAACUGGAGGGGGAAAACCUUGACCUAGCCAUGACAAAAGAUGAGGUGUUGGUGGAGAUGGGAGAUGGAGUGUGUGCAGUGAAGACUUUGACCAAGAACCAUCUGUACUGCGAGCCUCCUCCUCAGCAGCCUGCUCCUGCUGCCAACGGGAACAAACGAGAGGGGUCUGACAGCCUGCCUGAGUUCAUUGUUCGGAUGGGAAACCUAAACUUCUCCCUUGGCAAAGUGCAGUACGACAACCCCAGCCUAGCCACGUUUCCACUAGAGGCCCAGAUCGGAGUAGGAGUGGGAGCUUCAAUUGUAGCCCUAAUUGUCCUCAUUAUUGUCCUCAUCUACAGGAGAAAAAGUAAGCAGGCCCUGAGGGAUUACAAGAAAGUCCAGAUUCAACUGGAGAACCUGGAGACAAGUGUGAGAGACCGCUGCAAGAAGGAGUUCACAGACUUGAUGACAGAAAUGAUGGACAUGUCCAGUGAUUUGGUGGGUUCGGGGAUCCCCUUCCUCGACUACCGCAGAUAUGCAGAGCGCAUUUUCUUCCCUGGCCACCGGGAGUCCCCACUGCGACGGGACUUGGAUGUCCAGGAGUGUCGAAGGCAGACUGUGGAGCAGGGUCUGGUGCAGCUGUCCAAUUUGCUCAACAGCAAGCUCUUCCUCACAAAGUUUAUUCAUACUCUGGAAAGCCAGCGCACAUUCUCGCCCAGGGAUCGAGCUUAUGUGGCAUCUCUACUGACGGUGUCCCUUCACGGCAAGCUGGAGUACUUCACCGACAUCCUGAAGACCCUCCUGAAUGACCUGGUGGACCAGUAUGUGGCCAAAAACCCCAAACUGAUGCUUCGAAGGACCGAGACUGUCGUGGAAAAGCUGCUCACCAACUGGAUGUCAAUCUGCUUAUACACUUUCCUGAGGGAUUCAGCAGGAGAACCAUUGUACAUGUUGUUCCGGGCCAUAAAACACCAAGUGGACAAAGGACCAGUGGACGCGGUGACAGGGAAGGCCAAAUAUACGCUGAAUGACAACCGGUUGCUAAGAGAAGACGUGGAGUACAAAACCCUGACGCUGAAUGUGGAGGUUCAGGGGAGCGGGCUCACGGACAGUCAGCCUCUCACCUCCAAAGUGCUGGACUGCGACACCAUCACUCAAGUCAAAGAGAAGAUCCUGGACCAGGUCUUUAAGGGCACGUCCUUCUCACACCGGCCACAUGCAGACUCUCUGGACUUGGAGUGGCGGUCCGGGGUGGCGGGACACCUGAUCCUGUCAGACGAGGACUUGACGUCAGUGGUACAAGGCAACUGGAAACGCCUCAACACUUUGCAGCAUUAUAAGGUCCCAGAUGGUGCAACCGUCGCACUCAUUCCCCGCCACACCAAACACAUUCACCAUGACAACCACGAAUACGUAGCUGGAGAAAAAACUCCUAUGCUGGAGGACGCAGAUGAAGGUGGUGUGAGAUUAUGGCACCUGGUUAAAGCCAGCGAGGAGCCGGAGCUGCCAAAGCACCGCAGAGGCAGCAUGAGGGAGAGGGAGCGGGCCAAAGCCAUCCCAGAGAUCUACCUCACCAGGCUGCUGUCCAUGAAGGGAACCUUGCAAAAGUUUGUGGACGAUCUCUUCAUGGUGAUUCUUAGCACCAGUCGCCCGGUUCCCCUGGCUGUCAAGUAUUUUUUUGACCUAUUGGAUGACCAGGCAGGGCAGCAUGGCAUUACAGACCCAGAGACGAUCCACAUCUGGAAGACCAACAGUCUGCCGCUCCGUUUCUGGAUCAAUAUUGUAAAAAACCCUCAGUUCAUAUUUGACGUUCAAGCUUCAGACCACGUGGAUGCUGUGCUCUCGGUCAUUGCUCAGACAUUCAUGGAUUCUUGUACAAUAGCUGAGCACAAACUGGGAAGGGACUCUCCUAUUAACAAACUGCUGUAUGCCAGAGACAUCCCGCGUUACAAGCAGAUGGUUGAAAGGUACUAUGCUGAUAUCAGGCAGACAAUCUCAGCCAGUGACCAGGAGAUGAACUCUGCUCUUGCGGAAUUAUCAAGGAACUACUCCGGAGAGCUCAACUAUCUGGUGGCGCUGCAUGAACUCUACAAGUACAUCAAUAAAUACUACGACCAGAUCAUCACGGCACUAGAGGAGGACCCCACAGCCCAAAAGAUGCAGCUGGGAUACCGACUGCAGCAGAUUGCUGCAGCAGUGGAAAACAAAGGACGCGAGCGCGAGCCCGGUGAGGAGGGGGAUGGGCGCUUCUGCAAACGGAUCUACUGGACAGACUUAAUGGAUGACCUUUACUUUGCGAGGAUAUUGAAUUUAACUUUACGCCAAUGCGUGGACACACUGAGAAGUUUGUUUGUGAUCCAGACAGAGGCAGCCACUUUUAACGGCAGACAUACGGGAGACUCCGAGGCCUUAUUUUGGAAUGUAUCUUUAGGUCCCAAUGCCGGUGGGCCGUGGCGUGCGGCUCAGUGGCACCCACCCUUGGCGUGCUCUGUGGCUGUAGCUGGAACCCUGUGA